AUGCUGCCGCCUCUGACCGUCGAGCAGAUAGCUCGGCAGGCCGGCCAGUACGAGUUCGAUCCCCAGGUGCCGCUUCGCUACUGGCUUCGCUCCGCUGGCCUGCUUGUCAAGGAGGCUCGAAUAUACGAACAAGAAGGCAACGACCAGCAGGCCUACCUCCUCCUCUUCAGACAUGCCCAGCUCGUCCUCAUCAACCUGACUGCCCACCCCGACGCCCGAGACCCAAAGAACAAACAGGGGCUCGCCGCCGCAAAGAAGGAAGUCCAGGCUUCACUCAACAAGCUAGAGAUACUCAAACCCCGGAUCCGCAGGCUAUACGACCGUUACCAGGAGCUCCAGCAGCGCAGUCAGGCUGAGAACCAUGCUGCAGCCACUACCACCGUAUCUACAACGGAAGAUAACACCGCAACCUCCUUCUCCGAUCUAGAUGCUACCGUUCAAAGUGCAACCACAGUGCAAGACCCAGCGCUAGCAGGCCGACCAGAGGCACUGCAGGCUGCUGAAAACAGAGACUUUGCCGUCAAACUGGCCCAGAGCGAGUUCAGGCGCAGGGCCUUUGCGCGUGGAGACGCUAGGCGGCCGUCGUAUGCCAGCUCUGAGGCCAGUGUUAGCACCGCCAACACCGCCAACACUACCAAUACUGCCAAGAUGGAAGGGGAUGUGCUCGCAAGGAGACUACAGGAGGUCAGAUCCAUGCUCAGCAGCGGCCUGUCAAAGUCUAAUACUACUUCUUUCUUCCUCUCCUACCUCGAGAUCACCCACUCUCAUGCCUUUAGAGCAGCAUCUCUCUGGAUACAGAUACCCUUCUAUCCCAAGACAGAGCUAUCAACACCAUCAUACCGGGUUCUCACUCUUCUAAUUCGGCCUCCAAAGAUCGAACAGCACCCACCAGAGACAUGCGGCAUCCUAGCAGGCACCCUCAUAUCAAACGCAUUUUUUAUUUCGCGGCUUAUUAUCCCAGAGCAAGAAUCUACCCCAGAUACAUGCGAAAUGCUUAAUGAGGCUGCUAUAUUCGAGUACUGCGAGGCAGAAGAUCUCAUGGUUCUAGGUUGGAUCCACACUCACCCGACACAAACUUGUUUCAUGAGCUCGAGAGACCUGCAUACCCAGUCCGGCUAUCAAGUAAUGCUGUCAGAGAGUAUUGCCAUCGUUUGCGCACCCAGCCACGAGCCAAACUGGGGUGUUUUUCGAUUGACGGACCCCCCGGGCCUGAAGUCAGUGUUGAACUGUACUCGGCCUGGCUUGUUCCACCCCCAUGACGAGACUAAUAUAUAUACCGACGCCCUGCGGCCAGGACAUGUAUUUGAAGCGAAAGGUCUAGAUUUCGAGACUGUUGACUUACGACCGUCGACAUCGUCACAGAAAUGA